ACAAGGGCUCACCAAGUGGCCCAGGCUAGCCUUGAAUUUGCAACCUCCUCCCUCAGCCUCCACAGUAGCUGGAAUUACAGACGUCUUCCACCGUGCCUGGCUGUGACGGUGCUGGUUUUUAGGCUGGGGGGUCCUGGGUGUUCUGUGGGACAUAAUUCUUCCGCACGUGGCAUCCUGAUGCACAGGUGUCCGAUACCAUGCAAAACGUGAGAAACGGUGCAGUGCUAGAAACGCAGAGUCCAAGUUCCCGCGUGAACACCACUGUAGCAGCGGCUUCUUGCGACUCCUCGGAGCCCUCCGGGGACGGGAGCCCCCGCUCUGCCCCAGUGGGCGGGAAGCGGCUCCACUGCCCCACAGCACGUGCGCAGCGGCCGCGUUAGAGCUUCUGCACGGGCCGGGCUCCCGACGCCACGUUGUGUUCCUUGCUCCUGCGGCUGGCGAGGGCCGGCUGAAUGCGGACAGGAGGGGCCGGGAGCCUCUGGACUUGGCUGGUGCUCGGCAACCACGCGCAGGGCUCUGGUGGGGAAGAGGGGAAACCUGCAGGCCCGCAGUUGCCAGGGCGGAGAGGCGGCCAAGCCGCAGUCCUGCAGGGUCGCCGCUGCUCGUGAUCGGUGCGUUGGGUUCGGGACCCAGGGCGCUUGCGUGAACUGGCCGUGUUCCCUGCCCCAUCCUUCACUGGCGAUGGGCUAAUAAAUUAGUCCAGGGUAGCUGGGCUGUCGUUAGAGUCUGUGAAUCUGUAACCUGUACUUACACCCGUACUAAACAUAUAUUUAUUCCUUUCAUCUUUCAUCUCCUUUCCUUGAGCACACAGAGUCUGUUUUCAGAGCGAUGAGGACUGCGUUGCUCUCAGUUUUACUCUCCAAGUUGGUCCUGUGGAGUGGCGGAUGCCCAGGUGCAGGUGCUGCGGCCGAGCAGCUCGCAGCCUGAUUCCUUCGCAGGUGUGCGGCUGUCUUACUGGUGACCUCGCAAGGCUCCUGCUGCUUCUGUACCUCGGCUGCGGUCUGGAAAACGGGUCCAUAAAGUCCCGUGGUGCCGAGGCUUCCUGAGUGCUUGUGGACGCUGGACGCCCGGCACUCAUUCCUGGCCCUGAUGCGAAGAGAGGUCCAGACCAGCCUGCCGGGGGCCAACGUCUCCCUGCCCUGCCCUGCGGCGGACCUGAGGGAAGACAACUCUGUCUACUGGGUGGUCUCCGACGCGCACGCGAGGCUGGCCGGCGUGGGACGCAGGCUGCUGCUGACGUCGGUACAGCCCAGUGACUCUGGCAACUACUCGUGCUACGCGGACGGACGCCUGGCCGGGACGGUGCGUCUGCUGGUGGAAGCCCCCCCGGAGCAGCCGCAGCUCUCCUGCUGGCGCAGGAGCCUCCUGGGCAGUGUUGUCUGCGAGUGGAGCCCUCGGAAUGCCCCAUCCCUGACGACCAAGGCGGAGCUGUGGGUGAGGAAGCUCCAGACCCACCCCAUGGAGGAGUCCCAGGAGCCGUGCCUGUACUCCCGGGAGUCCCGGAAGUUCUUCUGCCAGUUUCCAGUUCCGGAGGGGGACACCUCUAUCCGUAUGGUGUCGGUGUGCGUGGCCAACAGUGCAGGGAGCAGCGUCAGCAGCAAGGAGACGGUGCAGGUCCACAAGAUCUUGAAGCCCGACCCGCCUGUCGGCGUCACCGUCGCCGCUGUGGCCGGACAUCCCCGGUGGCUCAACGUCACCUGGAAGGACCCCAGCUCCUGGGACUCAGACUUCUACCGGCUGCACUUUGAGCUCCGAUACCGGGCCGAGCAGUCCGGGGCCUUCACAAGCUGGAGGAUCCAGACCCAGGACCCCACGCACCAGUGCAUCAUCCCCGACGCCCUGCGUGGCCACUGGCACGUAGUGCAGCUCCGGGCCCGGGAGGAGUUCGGGAUCGGCUCCUGGAGCGAGUGGAGCCCCGAGGCCAGAGGGGCCCCCUGGACAGCACCCAGGGCUUCCCCAGCUACGCCCCACAGCACGAAGGUGAGCAUGGUGGGCAGGAUGCGCAGCACGAUGGAGUUAGAAGUUGGGCUGACACUGGACAGGAAGUGGUUCCAUCCCACCUCACCUUGGGCUAGAAGCACGGUGCUGACUACUGAUGAAGAGGACCCAGGUUCCCCAUUAGCAACCAGCCUCCCAGUGCAAGUUUCCUUCCCCGCACCGCUCCCCGCAUUCCUGGUGGCUGGAGGGAGCCUGGCCUUUGGGUCUCUCCUCUGCAUCGGCCUCGUCCUAAGGUUCAAGAGGACGUGGAGAGCGCGGGCCGUCCAGGAGUGCAAACAGAGCGUGCCCCCCAAGCCCACCCUGGCGCUUGCUCCUCUGCUCAGCAGCCUCGGGUCUGACAACACCUCGAGCCAAAGCCGGCCAGAUGCCAGGGACCCACGAGGCCCUUUCGACGUCAGCAACAGAGACUACUUCUUCCCCAGAUAGCCUCCCGGGCCCACCCGGCGGCAGGGGUCAGACGCACGAACAGGGCUCGCGUCUUGCUGCCAACCCCCACUUCUCAGGGGCCGCUCUGACACCGGUCUGCGGCACCUGUCCAGAAGGAAGAGGUGCCUGAAUUCUCAACCCUCCCUUCCUAACGCUCUGCUUCACCAGCUGAAAGGAACUCAGGCCAGUGCUCUGAGCCGAGCGGACGCUACGGGACACCACGCCCGCCACAGCCCCAGUGCUCAUCGGUGGGCGAGCCGGGGUUUCCAGCCAAGCUGCCCGCGUGCGAGCUCCAACCCUGUACGGCGGUUCCUCCGAGCUCAGGCCCUGGAGGCCCGAGUGCCUUGGCCGUUCUGCUUUUUCUAGCCCUGCGAGGGCUUCACGUAAACCACUGGGGCUGGGGGGGACCUUCCUGCCUCUUCCCACACUUGAAAAAGAGCCUAGGGCGGGAGGGUGGGCUGUGGUGAAUAUCUCAGGGCCUGAUAGUUUAAGUGGAAUUUAAUUAGCUCCUCAUGAACUUUGCUUAGUGUGAAAGAUGCAUCGUCCCAGGCAUCUGCUGACUCCAGAGUGGCUGCCCUGGCUGGCUUCAGCGGCCCCUCGGGUCUCAGGGCUUUGGAAGGAGGGGUCCCCAUGGUCCCCUGUCACUGCUGAGGGACCGAAGCUCUGCAACCCAUGUUCUCUGCCCGGCCCCCAAAGGGGGCCUGGCACUAGGAGGGCUGAGAGCAGAAGUUUUCACUGAGCUUUGUCCACUCUGGGUUCGGCCAGGCCUGAGGAACUGGGAAAGAUCAUGUUCAUGGGAAAAAAUGAAGCCGGCAAGAAUGUACUUUAAUUAGUUUUUUUUUUAAAAUGCUAUUUUCUCUUGAGACGUGGGAAGACCCGGUAUUCUCUGGGUGUCAGUAUAUAAAUAGCUUGGGGUUGGGGGAAGCACAAUAACUGUUUUUAGCACAAAACCAAGUCAAGUGAGGAGGGAGGAGGAGCAAAAUAUUUUCCUCUACUAGAGAAGAGAUUCUGGUUUCAUUCUGUAUUUUGUUUUUGCCUUACAAAGGGCCAAAAUUGGCUGGAGCUCCUGGCUGUAGGGGAAGAGGGCCGCCCGAGGCGGCUCCACCUUGCCCAGGCCGGUGCCUCCCAUGGUUCCGGGCGGGGCCCUGAAAUUCCCCACCCCCAGAGCCGCAGACCCUCUUGUCAGAGGGGAACUUCGCCUCAGAAAAUCCCUUACGUGGGGCCUUCCUCCUUUCACUUCGUUCUUGUGCUAGAUUCAGUCCGGCUAGGACAGAGGUGCUGCAGGCGUGUGUCCGCCAGGCUGAGGGACACCUCAGCUGACACCUGUCCCGGCUGGGCGGGCGCAGGGGCGUCAGUGACCACCCAGGCCGGCGCCGUGGACAAUCUGUGAUUGACAGGAGUUGUGCAACCACAGAUCCCAAGUUUACCAAACCACAAGGCUUUUCUAGUAGUUUACCCUUUUGGAAAAACAUCACCACCACCAGACAGGUGUCGCAGGGUGGCGGCCACUGUGUCGUGUUUGCUGCUUGCCGCCUUCCAGUUGCUGCUGUCUUGAGCUGGUAGUGAUUUUCACCCGGCUUUAUCGUUGAGAUCCUGAGGCACCCUAAGUUGACGGAAGUUGAGCGAGAGUCCAUGGCCUCCCCCUCCCCGGGUGAAGUUUUUGGGACUCUAAACUGCUGUGAAAGGGAAAUGUUAGAAAAGAGGGCCUUCGUGAGAAAAGAUGAUUCUGUGCCCACGGCUCUUUAAUUCUCGUGCAAGGUUUUACCCACAUGUAACUUUACCGACACCUGGCCGAGCCGCAGGAGGAAGAUGUAAAAUCUAGAUAGCUCAUUAUCUCCGGAGCCAGGCAGCUUUGAUCUCUAAAUUGUUAUUACUUUCAUUAUUACUGUAACGGAACUGCCUUUCUUUACGUGCUGAAGAGGUUUUUCCCCUUUGUUCUCAUAAGCUAGUGUCAAUGAAGGAAGCCUGUCUUCUCUGAGGCCAGGCUGGGCAUCUGGGUCUGCAGUCUGGUGGCUGGGAGCUCCGUCCCCAGGCCCCCACCUUUCCUUCCUGGGUUUCUGCAGCCCACAGGCUGCCUCACACCUUGCACUGUGCUGUCGCUCACCUGACACCUGCAGCCAUGGGCCACUGGGCCAGGUGGGACAUGACAGGGCAUGCAAGCAGGCCCUGAGCCACCUGUGGGCUGGGGGAAGUCGGAGCCCUGUGGGUCUGCACCACAGUGAUGGUUAAUUCUGGUAGCAUUAAUGAAAUGUCCGAGGACGCACCUGUGGCUGUGCUGACUCAGAGCACAGUGCCUUGGGGCUUGUUUGCCGGGCCCUGGGCUCCCCGUUGUGCCAUUCCCCUGUGGCUGGGGAGAAAGGGAACUGGGCAGCAGGGCGGGAGUGGAGUCUUCGGCUGGAACUGGUUAAGAGCGGGUGGCGGGCAGGCCGGGACUGGCUGGGGCGUAUGGGUUCGCUGAGCGGCCCGGGAUGUCUUGCCUGGCUGCUCCCGUGCCGGGCGGAUGCUCUCAGUGCAGGUCUGAGCCUGCCUGCCCAGGAGGAGCCUGCUGAGCAGGAGCCCUUGGCCGGCUCCGGGUCUCCUGUGGAGGGGCAGGAGCACCUGCAGCCUGUCCCGUGCCGCAGUCCACGUGGGCCUGGCUGGGGCCUCAGGUCCUGGGCCCGGCGUCCUUAGCAGCCCGGAGUCCCCAGUGUGGCCAGGCCAGGAAGUUUCUAUGACAACCUGAAUGCUCACUAAGGGACACUCAGUUCUGGGAACGUCUGCUUGAACCAAGAUCUUAUUGGACAGUGAUCACAUUUGUUAAAUACAUACCUCAACUCUACAUUGUUUUUUUGGAGAGAAAUAAAACUUUUAAGCGUCCCCCCCAACUUGUAUGAAAGCAAACAUCAAAGUCUGUGCAGUCAGUGUGAUGUUUUUUAAAUGCUUUUUUUUUUACCAGCUAUUUUGCAUUUUAAAUGAAAACUGUAAACAUUUGAAAUAAACAGUUCCUAAGAACGCACUUGAGCGACGCUGCUCGCUGCUCGGA